CAUCGAAGCUGGGCAGAGCCAGUGGGCACCCUCGGAUGGGCUUGCGCAAACGCCACAACUUUCCAGCACGACCCCCCAAAAGUAUCCCGGGCGCAAAGUUGGCGCAGCCCGCUCCUCCUCCGCAGCGUCGCCCUCCCCGUGGGGCGCGCGACGGGGACGCGCGAGCUCCCGCGCGGGGCCGGCUCGGGGGACGCGGGGCUCGGCGAGGCCCGGCUCCGGCCCCCUGAAUUGGGGGGUCCGCGUCUGCCCCAAACGCCGCUUUCUUCCGUUUUCCAUGUCAUUUCCUGUACUAAUAAGAUGGUGGUCAAAGCAGGGGAGGAGAGCAGCAGCGAGUCGCCGCCGUGCUGCUGCGGGCGCUGAAACUUUGCCCGGCCGGGGACCCCGCGCGCGGCCGCCCCGUCCCGCCGCGCCCCGCCGCCCCGGCCCCGGCCCGGCCCGCCGCCCCGCGUGGGAGCCCGCGAAGGACAGAAUGACCGAGAACAUGAAGGAGUGCUUGGCCCAUACCAAGGCGACUGUAGGGGACAUGGUGACAGUAGUGAAGACAGAGGUCUGCUCACCACUCCGGGACCAGGAGUAUGGCCAGCCCUGCUCUAGGAGACCAGAGCCCUCUUCCAUGGAAGUUGAACCCAAGAAGUUGAAGGGAAAGCGUGACCUCCUUGUGACCAAAAGCUUCCAGCAAGUGGACUUCUGGUUCUGUGAGUCCUGCCAAGAGUACUUCGUGGAUGAGUGCCCGAACCACGGUCCCCCUGUGUUUGUGUCUGACACACCAGUGCCUGUGGGCAUUCCAGAUCGGGCAGCCCUCACCAUUCCACAAGGCAUGGAGGUGGUAAAGGAACCUGGUGGGGAGAGCGAUGUGCGGUGUAUAAAUGAGGUCGUCCCCAAGGGCCACAUCUUUGGCCCCUAUGAGGGGCAGAUCUCUACCCAGGACAAGUCAGCUGGCUUCUUCUCGUGGUUGAUUGUGGACAAGAACAACCGUUACAAGUCCAUAGAUGGGUCGGACGAGACCAAAGCCAACUGGAUGAGGUACGUGGUCAUUUCCCGGGAGGAGAGGGAGCAGAACCUCCUGGCAUUCCAGCACAGCGAGCACAUCUACUUUCGGGCAUGCCGAGACAUCCGGCCUGGAGAGUGGCUGCGGGUCUGGUACAGCGAGGACUACAUGAAGCGCCUGCAUAGCAUGUCCCAGGAAACCAUCCACCGCAACCUGACCCGGGGAGAGAAGAGGUUGCAGAGGGAGAAGGCUGAGCAAGCCCUGGAUAAUCCAGAAGACCUAAGGGGUCCUGUGUUGAAACAGGGCAGAAGUCCCUACAAGCGCAGCUUUGAUGAGGGGGACAUGCACCCUCAGGCCAAGAAGAAGAAAAUAGACCUCAUCUUCAAGGAUGUACUAGAAGCCUCACUGGAGUCCGCUAAUGUGGAAGCCCGCCAGCUGGCCCUGAGCACCUCUCUGGUCAUCCGGAAAGUCCCCAAGUACCAGGACGAUGACUAUGGUCGGAGUGCAGCCGCCAUGACGCGAGGCAUACAGAAUAUCCGCCGGACCCAGGGGGAAGGGGACUGGAAGGUCCCCCAAAGGGUGGCCAAAGAACUAGGCUCCUUGGAGGACGAAGAGGAGGAACCUACAUCAUUCAAGGCUGACAGCCCUGCUGAGGCCUCUCUGGCAUCCGACCCCCAUGAGCUACCCACCACCUCCUUUUGCCCUAACUGCAUUCGCCUGAAGAAGAAAGUGCGGGAAUUGCAGGCAGAGCUAGAUAUGCUUAAGUCUGGGAAGCUGCCUGAGCCCCCCAUUCUGCCUCCGCAGGUACUGGAGCUCCCUGAGUUCUCAGAUCCUGCAGCCUCAGAGAGCAUGGUCUCUGGCCCUGCUAUCAUGGAGGAUGAUGACCAGGAAGUGGAUUCUGCAGAUGAGUCCGUCUCCAAUGAUGUGAUGACAGCCACGGAUGAACCCUCCAAGAUGUCCUCCGCCACUGGGCGCCGCAUCCGGCGCUUCAAGCAGGAGUGGCUGAAGAAAUUCUGGUUCCUACGCUACUCCCCGACCCUCAACGAGAUGUGGUGCCACGUGUGCCGCCAGUACACGGUGCAGUCCUCACGCACUUCCGCCUUCAUCAUCGGCUCCAAGCAGUUUAAGAUCCACACCAUCAAGCUGCACAGCCAGAGCAACCUGCACAAGAAGUGUCUGCAGCUGUACAAGCUGCGCAUGCACCCGGAGAAGACCGAGGAGAUGUGCCGCAACAUGACUCUGCUCUUCAACACUGCCUACCACCUGGCACUGGAGGGCAGGCCCUACCUGGACUUCCGACCGCUAGCAGAACUGCUGAGAAAGUGUGAGCUCAAGGUGGUAGACCAGUACAUGAACGAGGGGGACUGCCAGAUUCUCAUCCACCACAUUGCCCGGGCCCUGAGGGAGGACCUGGUAGAGCGCAUCCGUCAGUCACCUUGCCUCAGCAUCAUCCUGGAUGGGCAGAGCGAUGACCUUCUAGCAGACACAGUGGCUGUCUACGUGCAGUACACCAGCAGUGACGGGCCCCCAGCCACAGAAUUCCUAUCUCUGCAGGAGCUGGGCUUCUCCAGCACAGAAAGCUAUCUCCAGGCACUUGACCGAGCCUUUGCUGCUCUGGGCAUCCGCUUACAGGACGAGAAGCCAACUGUCGGCCUGGGAGUGGAUGGGGCCAACAUCACCGCCAGCUUGCGUGCCAGCAUGUUCAUGACCAUCCGCAAGACACUGCCCUGGCUGCUGUGCCUGCCCUUCAUGGUGCACCGGCCCCACCUUGAGAUCCUGGAUGCCAUCAGUGGCAAGGAGUUGCCCUGCCUGGAGGAGCUGGAAAACAACCUGAAGCAGCUACUCAGUUUCUACCGCUACUCACCACGCCUCAUGGGUGAGCUGCGCUCCACAGCCUCCACCCUGUGCGAAGAGACCGAAUUUCUGGGGGACAUCCGUGCCGUGAGGUGGAUCAUUGGCGAGCAGAAUGUCCUGAAUGCCCUCAUCAAGGACUACCUGGAAGUGGUGGCUCACCUCAAGGAUGUCAGCAGCCAGACACAGCGGGCAGACGCUUCAGCCAUCGCCCUGGCCCUGCUGCAGUUCCUCAUGGACUAUCAGUCCAUCAAGCUCAUUUACUUCCUGCUGGAUGUGAUUGCGGUGCUCUCGCGCCUGGCCUACAUCUUCCAGGGAGAGUAUCUCCUGGUGUCCCAGGUGGACGACAAGAUCGAGGAGGCCAUCCAGGAGAUCAGCAGGCUUGCAGACUCCCCGGGGGAGUACCUGCAGGAAUUCGAGGAGAAUUUCCGAGAGAGCUUCAACGGCAUCGCCGUAAAGAACCUCAGGGUGGCCGAGGCUAAGUUCCAGUCCAUCAGGGAGAAGAUCUGCCAGAAGACGCAGGUCAUUCUGGCGCAGAGGUUCGAUUCCCGAAGCCGGGUCUUCGUGAAGGCCUGCCAAGUGUUUGACCUAGCCGCCUGGCCCAGGAACAGCGAAGAGCUCCUGAGCUUCGGCAAGGAAGACAUGGUUCAGAUCUUCGACCACCUGGAAGCCAUUCCUACUUUCUCCCGGGAUGUGUGCCGGGAAGGGGUGGACCCCCGGGGGAGCCUGCUCAUGGAGUGGAGAGAUCUCAAGGCUGAUUACUACACCAGAAAUGGCUUUAAAGACCUCAUCAGUCACAUCUGCAAGUACAAGCAAAGGUUUCCGCUCUUGAACAAGAUCAUUCAGGUCCUCAAAGUCCUCCCCACCUCCACUGCCUGCUGCGAGAAAGGCCGUAAUGCCCUCCAGCGGGUCCGCAAAAACCACCGCUCCCGCCUGACCCUAGAGCAGCUCAGUGACCUGUUGACAAUUGCUGUGAACGGACCACCCAUCGCCAACUUUGAUGCCAAGCGAGCUCUGGACAGCUGGUUUGAGGAGAAGUCUGGCAACAGCUACACACUGUCAGCCGAGGUCCUCAGUAGGAUGUCUGCUCUGGAGCAGAAGCCCAUGCUGCAGGCUGUGGACCACGGCUCUGAGUUCUACCCAGACAUGUAGGGGGCCUGCACUGCAGAGGUCACAAAGCUGGUGAAUAUUUUUUUAAUCUAUACUCAUAAGCUUUGAUAUAUUAUAU